CAUGCCCAUCUCCUUGUUCAGGCGAUGCAAGCCGUUCGAGAUUCGAUGGUGAAUACUUCCUGGUGAGCGGCGGCUACUGGGCUCGAGGGUGCGGCGGUCGACGGGCAGGCGGGCGCGGGCUGCGUGGUGAGCGGCGCCUGGCAUCGAUGUUGGCGGCGCUGCCGAUUCAGGGGGGCGGGCGGGCAGCCGCGCUGUGGUGAGGAGAGCACUGGUGGAGGUGAGCAGCCCCGAUCCUAAUCCUUUCAGCUUCAGUCACUUUUCUCUUGGUUUUGCUUCGCCGUGUUCUUCCCGGAUUAUUAAAUUAGUGUUCCGUUUUUACGGAGGCUGUAGGCCAGACAGAUCACGACUGUACGUGCUGCCCGAAGAGGUAAUCCGAUUCUUGUUUGUCUUCUAAGGAAAAAAAUGCAUAUUCUUGUUUGUUUUCUAUCUCCAAAUACGAAUGUAUUUUUAGACAGGGAAUAUUCUAUCUGCUGUCUGUUCUAGUCCAUCAGUCCAUGUUGAGAUGGAGCAGCGCUUGUGUAGAAUUUUUGUGCUCUGUGAUUGGAAGCAUCAAAUGCUCCGUAAUGGCUAAGAUUUUGUCAGGUAGAAGUAAGGUGAUGUAGGGAGAAUAUUUGGUUUGUUGUUUAAAGUGCUUAAGCUCUGGAUCCAUGAUGAAGAUUUGCAGUUUUGUUUUAGUCAGCUAGGCCUAGGGGAAACCAUUCAACUUUUUACAUGUUUCGAAUUUAAUUAACAAGAUUUGUUUGAAUGGGUUUGGAGUUUAGGCUCGUUGUUUCAAGAAAUGCACCUAUGAGGAAUUGAUUUUAGUUAGCUUUUCUGUGGAUAUAAGUAUGUGUUUUCUUAGGACCACUCUAAUUUUUGCACUACGAUGUGGGUUCGCAGCAGGGCAGAGCAGUCAUAUAGUCAUCGGUGUCAUAGGUGUUCAUCGGCGUCAGGUUACGGUGACCAUUGGCAUGCUUCUUGAUGCGGUCUGCAUCUCCUCCCACCACGACGGUCGGCAACCAUGUCUUCACCGCCGGAGCCCCUCUCCACCUAUUUAGAUGAGUGUGUGUCAAUUUAUUCUCCCAGGGAAGUACUUGCUCCAAUUUGGUUACAUUUAGUACGGAAUUUAGUUGUCUGAAUUUAGAUAUAUUAUGUCCCCAUAUAUGCGGAGGCGAAUCAUUGUGUUUUCGAUUUUGAUCUCAGCCCCAAAUUUAUUUGUUUUGGCCAUAUCUAUGGUACGAGCUUAGUACUUGUUUCGAGCCGAGACGUACGGUGCUGCCCACCUAUCCCUUUCCAUACACUACCAUCAGUGACACCGUCGACUACGACGGUGGAUGCUUUGUUUUCUUGUAAGGAUACCUGCAUCCUCCUCCUCCUCCUCCUCUUCCUUGUACGGAAAUCUAGGUUUACGAGAUUUCAUUUUCAUGUCUCCCUGACUCUCGUCCUCUCAGUUCUUCUGUUGUGUUGUGUUAUGUUAGGUGAUUGUAAAAUUGAGGAAAGGACCUUCACUAUGUACUAGUCCGUUGUAAUGUGCAUUCACUAAAGCUUACUAGCGCAACCUAUUAACAUAUGUACACUUUAGAGCAACUCUAGCAGACCCCGUAAAAUCCCGACCCGCAAAACGUGUUUGCAGUUUGACGAAGAUCUCGUUUGCGGGUCGAAAACGAGCGCGGCCGAUCAGAAACCGUAGAUGAAACUGCAUAAUUUGAAAAACAGUUUUGCACCAUAGUAGUUCAUCACAUACUACAUAUAUUACAUGAUCAAACACUACAAACACUAGUUCAUACUACAUACUACAUACUACAUCAGUACUAGUACUACAGGGGGUGGGGAUCUCACGGCGGCGAGCUCGCGGCCAUGGACGACGCCGUGGAGGAGCUCAAUCCUCCUCGCCGAAGCUGUCGAGGUCGAUGUACUUCUCCCUCUGCUCCUCGCGGAUGCGCCGCCACUCGUCGUCCUUCUCCUUGACAGCGAGGUUGGUCGCGCCCGCCUGCUGGAACACGAGGUCUUCGAGCUCCUCGUGGUGGCGCCGGCGCUCCACCUCCUCGUGCAAGCUCCGCUCGGCAAUGGCGGCCGCGACCGCGUCGACAUCGGCGACGAAGUCCUCCGGCCCGAUGACUCCGCGGCUCCCGAGCUCCUCGGGCUCCUGCUUGACGGGGACGACCUCGAUCUCCUCCGGCUCCUCCGACCACUCCCUCUUCACGGGGAGAAGGCUGGCCCCGGAAGAGGAGGAGCUUGUAGUGUGGGAAGAUCUUGCCGCGGAGGACGAGCCCAUGGCCGAGGACGGCGUACGGCCGUGCCGACGGUCGUAUUCGUCCGUCUCGCGGAUGCGGAAGCUCGGCGGCGGCGAGAGGUCGCGGUUGGUUCACUUCCUCUUCCCGCGCUUCCUCGCGCCCUCCGACCGGACACGCCGCUCGCACUCAGGGUCGCUGUCGCUGCCAGCUCUGCUCCCGGAGCCGCGUCCGGAGCUCCACAUGUGGCCCCACAUGGCGGCUGGAGGCGGAAGGGGCUCGCCAGCAGCGAGAAAUGUGAGGAGGGGAGUGGGGAAUUGCGGAGCUCGGCGGCAGCGGGGGGAUAGGGUUUCGACCCGCAAACGCACCGCGAACCCGUAGAUAUACUGGUCGGGGCGGGCGGUUUGCGGGCCGCGGUAAAAAAAUUUACGGGCCGGGCGAGUAUACGGGCUCCGUUCUAGCCAGAAAAUUGGAGCGAGCCCAUAUACUCGCCGAAAUUUUGCGGGUUUGCGGCUUUUGCGGGAUCUGCUAGAGUUGCUCUUAGCUGUUCAAGCAAAAGUUGUCUACACAAGUGUGGAAAGGACCUUCACUAUAUUGUCUGGUUUUCUUCAUGACUGUUACUGGUACAUAAAUGAAUAAACAUCUAUUUAUCAAUAAAAACAUAAUAAUAGUCAGUUGCAAUGUCAACCAGAAAAUGUAUCAUAAUCUUACAGGCUUUGUAUUCAAAAAUAAUCGCAUUCUUGCUUAAAAAUCAGUAAAUAUGAAAAAGAAACAAGGUUAAAGGCGGAAGCUCCCUCCUUCAACUUUAUGUUAUUACGUAGAAGUGAGUCAUAUGUGUGUGCCUAUGCCAAUCAUUGUACCACGGGAGAGUUCUCAAAAUCAGUAAAUAUGCCCAUCUGCUUGCCUACAAGAAUAUUUAUUCACAUCAUUUCUGUUUUGUGGUUUUCUGAAUUUGCUUCCUUGGAACACGGCGCUAUUAUUAUGUUUUAUGUUGCAGUGUUAUUCAUUAUCUUUAUUUUGUUGUGGAUGACAGUACACCCUGUUUCUUGGAAGCUGAAUCUCAUCUUAUCUGUCAAUCUGAAUUUUAUUAUGGAACAUUUGUAUUGUCCCUGAACGUCCCAACUAGAACGAGGGAAAAAGUAAAACUUUUUCAUCUACUUUCGUGUAUAACUUUGUUAUUUUUAUUUCAUCUUAAUUUGUACUAUCUAAAUAUUACUCCCUUCGUCUCAAAAGUUGAGACACUUAUUUUGAGACGGAGGGAGUAUAUAGCUGAUUCUCUCAGUAUAUUCACCACAUGAUGUUUUGUUGAACAGAAGGGUUCAGAAUGGAAACUAAGUUUCUUCAAGUACGAGCAUGGGUUUCAUGUAAGCAACCGGUUUCGGCGUUCCUCUUUAUAAAUCAUGAAAAGGUAAUUUUAGCAUUUUUGCCAUGUAGCACCGUCUACAAUAAAAAUCUACCAGCAGCGACCAAGGCGAGGUGUAGAACGGGACUAAGAGUACUUGGUCGAGCAUCUUCUGCCAUCGUCGAAAAUAAAGAACUCGGAGGUUUAUAGAAUCCAUUUAUAAAUCGUCACGCUUGCAUCUUGAUUAUGUAUGGGAUUAUUCUGAGAUAUUGCCUCCAUUAAUUAUGUUAUAGAGAAGGAAUUUAUCUUGUGUUAAA